AUGGCUGGUACACAUAACGGCACCAACGGGGUGAAACAUAAUGCGGACACGGAACGUGGAAAAACAGCUGACAGCGACUCGGGAAUAGCCUGGGGAAGAAUAUUAGCAAUGGUCGUGGCACUUUGCGUGCUAAUAGCGGCCUGUGCUGUCACCUGGAUCUUCCAGGACUGGCAGACGAGCCUGAUAGUCCUGGCCAUACUGGUCGUGGUCUACGUACUGGUCUUCUAUUGGAGAUGGCUUUAUGUAGCUUGCCGGACCGCGCCGAGAGAUUUCACAGCGUUGUAUUACUACGUCAAAAUCCUGUCACUAUCGAAGAAAUUCACGAAGAAGAAUUAUGGCAUGCCCGACAUCUUCCACGACAUGGUAGUGAAACACCCGCACAAAGCGUGCUUCUUAUUCGAAGAUCAAAUAUGGACUUUCAAACAGGUGGAAGAUUUCAGCCUACGUACUUCAGCUGUGCUCAGAUCGAAAGGCGUCAAAAAAGGUGACGUAGUAGGCGUCAUGAUGGGCAACUGUCCUGAGAUGCCGGCUAUCUGGCUGGGCAUCACUCGGCUAGGAGCAGUCGCCCCGCUCAUCAACACCAACCAGACUCGCAACACGCUGCUGCACUCCAUCAACAUUGCCAAAUGCGACGUCGUCAUCUAUGGAGACGAAUUCGAGGCUGCAUUCCAAGAAAUCUCUGAAGAACUGAACCCGUCUAUAAAGCUAUACAAGUUCACCCAUCGACAACUGAACACGUCGAACGACGCCGUCAAAGUUGUGGAAUCCUCUAAUGACUUCACAUCAAUGCUGGAGAGCACACCACCGGCCAAAUGGACUAAAUCCGAAGGGGACGGCUUCAACGGAAAGAUUCUGUACAUAUAUACAUCUGGAACGACAGGACUCCCAAAAGCGGCCGUUAUCUCAUCAUCAAGAAUGGUGUUUAUGGCGUCAGGUGUCCACUACUUAGGAGGAUUGAAUCGCAACGAUAUCAUUUACUGUCCUAUGCCAUUAUAUCAUUCCGCUGGUGGGUGCAUCACAAUGGGACAAGCGAUGAUAUUUGGCUGUACCGUGGUCCUCAAAAAGAAAUUCUCGGCAUCUGCUUAUUUCAAAGACUGCGCCAAGUAUAAUGCCACUGCGGCCCAUUACAUCGGUGAGAUGUGUCGUUAUGUAUUGGCGACUCCCUCUUCUCCAGCUGAUACGCAACACAAAGUUCGUGUUGUCUACGGAAAUGGAAUGAGACAAACGAUCUGGCCCGAGUUUGUGAAAAGGUUUAGAAUCAAAAAGGUCGCAGAAUUCUAUGGUGCCACAGAAGGAAAUGCCAACAUUGUGAACGUUGACAACAAAAUGGGAGCCAUUGGAUUCGUAUCAAGAAUAAUUCCGGCUGUUUAUCCUAUAGCUAUACUCAGGGUGGACCAAGAUACCGGUGAACCAAUAAGAAACUCCAAAGGAUUGUGUCAGUUGGCGAAACCUGGAGAGCCUGGUGUAUUCAUAGGUAAAAUAAACCCGAAACUAGCGUCAAGAGCUUACCUGGGCUACGUGGACAAAGAGGCGUCGGAAAAGAAGAUUGUGCGGGAUGUUUUCAAUUAUGGAGACUCUGCUUUUAUAUCGGGUGACAUUCUGGUGGCGGACGAAUUAGGAUAUUUAUACUUCCGGGACCGCACCGGUGACACGUUCCGGUGGCGCGGCGAGAACGUCAGCACCACGGAGGUCGAAGCUGCCGUCUCCAGGGUCGCAGACCAGAGGGAUGCUGUCGUUUACGGGGUGGAGAUUCCUAAUACAGAAGGACGCGCGGGCAUGUGUGGUAUAGUGGACCUCGAUGACUCGCUUGACCUCGAUCGACUCGCGGCGGAUAUCGCCAAAGACCUGCCCAAAUACGCCAGACCCAUCUUCAUCAGGAAGAUGGAAAGCGUCGACAUGACUGGUACAUUUAAAAUGAGGAAAGUGGAUUUGCAGAAAGAAGGCUACGAUCCGUCGGUAGUGAAAGAUAAACUGUAUUACUUAGAUCCGAAACUAGAUAAAUACUUACCAUUGGGUGUAGAGGAAUACAAUAAAAUUAUGACGGGGCAAAUUAGACUGUGA